AAGCCCCGCCCCUCUCCCGGUACGUCGUGGGCGUGCCCCGUGCGUGCCGUGUCCCGUUCCCCGCCCGCCCGCCCCGUCUAUCCCCGGCGCGGCGGGUCCCGGUUCGCGGCGGCCGUGCGGGGAGGCGGCGGCGCGGGGCCGCCAUGGCGUGGCCCUGCAUCAGCCGCGCCUGCUGCAUCGCCCGCUUCUGGAGCCAGCUGGACAAGGCGGACAUCGCCGUCCCGCUCGUCUUCACCAAGUAUUCCGAGGCCACCGAGCAUCCCGCGGCGCGCCCCACCACCGCCGCCGCUGCUGCUGCCCCCAUCGACACCCAGCCCGGUGCCGAGGCUGCGGCUGGUGGUGCUGGUGGUGGGGAAGCGGCCCCCGGUGCGGCUCGGCCCGGCCCGGCCCCUCACGGCUCCCCUCCGGCUGACUCGGUGAUGCGGCACGAUUACAAGCCGUGGAAGGUGCAGCGGCCGGAGCCGAGCUGCAAACCCAAGAGCGAGUAUCAGCCCUCGGAUACGCCCUUCGAGAAGGAGACGCAGUACCAGAAGGAUUUCCGCGCUUGGCCCAUUCCCAAGCGGGGAGAUCAUCCCUGGAUCCCUAAACCGGGACCUUCCCCCGUGCUCGCCCUAGACCGCGGCUCCCCCGAGAAACCGGCUCAGGAGAAGCGGAGGAAGGUGCUGCCCGGAGCCGAGAGGAAGGAGGAGGAUGGUGAAGCGGAGGAUGAGCAUCCCAAAGCGGUGCGGGCCGGGGAUGGCAGGGAUAAGGCUCGGAAGAAGGUGGAGGAGACGGAGGUGGGCAGGGGCAGGGCUGCUGCUGAUGCCCUCAACAGGCAGAUCAAGGAGGAGGUGGCGGCGGGGGUCAGCUCGUCAUACAGAAACGAGUUCAGACCCUGGGUAGACGUCAAGCCUGUGAAAGCUAUAAAAGCGAAGCCCCAGUACAAGCCACCAGAGGAGAAAAUGACCCAUGAAACCAGUUACAGCGCUCAGUUCAAGGGGGAAACCAGUAAGCCUGCUCCAGCUGAUAACAAAUACCUGGAACGCCGAAGGAUACGCACUCUCUACAGUGAGCCCUAUAAAGAACCUCCAAAGGUGGAAAAGCCUAGCGUAAAGCCUUCCAAACCAAAAAAGACCACAACAAGCCAUAAACCCCUGAAAAAGGCCAAAGACAAGCAGAUUGCAUCUGGCCGGGCUGCCAAGAAAAAGAGCGCCGAGACCUCCAACACAGCAAAGCCAGAGGACAAGGAGAAAAGUAAAGAGAUGAACAAUAAACUGGCUGAGGCAAAAGAGUAAAUGUCACUGCACUUUCCUUUCUUUCUCAUUUUGGUUUCCUUUCUUUUCUUUCUUUCUUCUCCCCCUUUUUUUUUUCCUUUCUUUGAUUAAAUAAAGGCCACAAAAUUAAUUAGAGGCUUCUAAUCUGCUUUUUGUUCUGAUUGUAUUAGAAGCUGUUCUGUUUUAUUUCCAAGGAGGAUUAGGGAAUCCUUGUUUCUGAGGUCAGGUUGUUCUGCUUUGCCUGCACAACACGGCUCUGCACAGAGUGAGGGAUGUGGGAAUGCACAAGCGGGGUUGUAGGAUAUGAAGGUGAUGGAUCAACCAUGAUUGUGUCCAACCUUGGCUUGGUCCUUCAAUGCUUUGGUGGUGUGAAAGUGCCCAUUGAGCCAUGGAGGGGCUGUGCUCUCCUCCCAUGAGGUCCUUUUGGGGUUGGCCUUUAUUCGGUCAUCUCCCACUGGUGUCAGCAGGUGAAAGAUUUUGGAGACAGAGAGAGGAUCAGAGGGUCAUUUAUGGUGCUGUGGAUCUGCUGUAACUCCACUAGAGUCAGUGCUGUGGCCAAGAGAGACUUCCCCUGGUGACACUGGUGGGACUUUUGCUCCAAGAAGCAACAGGAAAGGAGAUCCAGUGCAGAUAAAGGGCCAAUCCCCCCCCUCCAGACUAGCUGGAGGUAGGUCUAGCUGCAUCAAGGCAGCUUCACCCAUCGACACCUCUUGAAGUCCUUGAUUUAAACUAAAAGGGAGUUGAGGAAAGGCACAGAGAGCAGUGAAGACUUCCCAAGCAUGUGGCAGGUCAGGUUAGGUUACCAAGCAGGCUGUUCUUCCCUAUUGCUUCCCCUAGGUUAUGGAUCUUUUCAGUUAUUCCUGGUUUGGUUUGAAUCUUGGUCUGCUUUCUUCACUUCUGGGGUGCCAGUAGACAGAGCUAGGUUUCAGAAAGAGGUUUAAGUUUGCAGAGGUGACCUUCCAAAGGGUAGGAAGAAAUGAGUCAAUAAGGUUGGCUAAGAGCUGUCAGCCCCCAUUGUGUUGACUCUGUGGAGUUCUUGUUGGCUUGUGAGCAUCCUAAGAGGGCCAUAAACCAGUUGCUGAGAUCCCUAGACUCCCUCCAGGCAAGAUCUCAGGGUUUCAAUCCUAUUUACUGUGCUCUUCCUCUAGGAAAUCCCCAUGCCCAGCAAGACCAGUUUGGAAGCUGUCAACACAGUGGGACCAUUUGUCAAUGAGUAUGAACUUGCAUCCCCAGAGUCUGGGUUGUUGAGUCAAUGGGAGCUGGAAGAGGUACAAUCCCAAUCCAAAUUUAUGUGCCUAACUUCUGGAUUGGGACCUAAAUACCUAUGGAUCAAUCUUGAUCCCACCAAAACGAGGUGUUGGAGUCUCCUUUAGUGGAGUAACUGCAAGUGAAGAUGAAGGGUUCUUCAUUUAUGCAGCUCAAUAUUUCUAUCCUAACAUAGAGUCCAGCUUGAAGCUUUCAGAGAACAGACAAUUGGGAAGAAGGAAGAGAGAGGUGGGAAUUAGGGUAGGAAGAUGGUGGUGAAGGAGUAAAGUAUCAGAACUGAGUUGUUGUAGAGGAGUUUGAAUGAGGGAAGUCUUUCUGCUAAGGUAUUGUAGAGAUGUGAAGCUAUCUAAAAGAAGAAGUGAUGGGCCAUGAGGGUGAGGAGUCCCAUUUUUGGUGUCUCACCCCCUUAGAAUUGGUUCUUUUGGAAACAUAAAGGAGUAGUGGGCUACAAGGCUGUGAGGAAGUUUCCAAAGAGGAGGAAAGCUCUGUGGUACACAGAUAGUGACAUUUGCUGGCCUUAGUAAUGAAUAAAUGCCAAGUUCAGUGUGUUGUGUGAUGUGUCCUGUUUGCCUUGCGCUAACGGCCUAAACCUUUGAGUAUAAAGUAAGUGUAGUGUUCUGAAUUCCGUGGUGUAUUUCCAAGCUUAGCUGUGUUAGAACUGUGUGCUAUGAGCUAGUCAGGUUGUGUAUGUGGAAAAAUAUAUAUUCAUAUCUAGAAAUAUAUAUAUUUAAAACCUCCGAUGUUUAGGAGGAAACCAGGGAAAUCCUCCAGGAAGUAAAACUGUGGAACUCUUUGCCAAUGUAGUGCAUUUUCUCUUGGAUGUGCAUGCUCCAUGGAGACGCUGACCUGUCCAUAUUGACCAUUGCUUUUCUGAGUGCUCAGAAGCCCCUGCAGCAAAGCUCUGCCUCCAGAGCAGCUCAAUGAAAGGCUUGUGGUUGAGCUGGGUGCUCUUCCCACCCCAUCACACAAGGGACAAGUGGCCAGAGAAGCCUGAGCUUCCAAGAUUUGGUGUGAUUCCUUGGCAUUUAGAUGCUUCAUGCGUCUUCACACUCCUCAGUAACGUCCUUUCAUGUCACAGGAUAUAGAAACAGCGUGAAGAUGACGUGUCACAGCAGACAGAACAUGUCAGGAAGGCAUGUAGACGGUUACCAAUAGCCCAACACACUGAUCUCACUGCACAUAAGGAAAGACCAUGCCAAAUAAUUCUCCCUGUUGGGUUUUUUGGCCCUAAGUUUCACAUUGAAAGAGACACCACACUUGCCACCACUUCACCUUAAAGUCAAUGAGAAUUUAGCCCUUGGCUUCAAGGGUAACCAUAUUUUGCCCAAGAAACAUCAUGAAUUGUUCAGGGUUGGAUGGGGCUUGGAGCAACGUGGUCUAGUGGAAGGUGUCCCUGCCCGUGGCAGGGGGUUGGAACUGGAUGAGCUUUAAGGUCCCUUCCAACACAAACCAUUCUAUGGUGAUGAUUCUUGAUUAAGAUGCUCAGACAGACCACCUAAUCCAAGCAUCUCUAUGCCUCUGGAUCAACUGCUUCUCAUCCAGGGCUUCAGGAUUGCUUCUUCUCAAUGAAGAGCAUCCAUCACUGUGUUGGAAUGAAACAUGCACAGUGAGUGAUCAGAAUAUGGCCUUAUGUUUCCUUAAUACAUGAAGGUUUUGGUGGCAUCUCACUACAAAGCUAGGUAUGAAGUAGUCUAAAUUCCAUUUAUAAUGAAGGAACUUCCAAGGGCCGUUGAGCUACCUAUUUUGGACACCUCUCUUUGGGUGGGAUGAAUGAUCCUUGGAAGCUUUCAAUCUUUGCAGAAAGAGCCUGGGAGACUGGUAGGACCCUCUCAGACAGCAACAACAUAGGGAUAUAUAACCUGGCCUUUGCUCCAUGUGCACCAAGUGCUCAGCAUACAUCCAAGCACAGUUUAGCGUUGCAUUGAAUGCCAGGAACUGCAGCAGAGCCAAGCCUCAGGGUGAAAUCCUGCAUUGCUCUUACCUUCCACAGACUUUAUACCCAUCCACUCAGGUUUAUCAGAAAGGAGACCAAAUCCCUGCUGUUUCAAGUUCACUUUGGACUCUGAGCUUGUCGAUCCCAUCGGGAAAGAGUGCUCUGCUGUUCUGUGUUCAGCUACCACGAUGCUGAUUCUGUUUCACUGCUGAUCUGUAAUACGUUUUGCUUUCCUUGUAAAAAGAACAGAAGAAAUGGUUUGCUUUUCACCCUGUGACCGUUCCUAUGCUGUCUACUGCUUGCUUUUGCAUUUUCACUGUAUUUCACUGUUUCUCCUUUCUGCAAAAUGGUGCUAUUUGCUGACUGAUGCUCCUGUUUCCUGACUGCUUCGCACACUGAUCACCUGCUUCUUCAUUCGCAACGCAGCCACUGUGUAUGGCUCCCAUCAAUUCCACAACCUCUUGCCUCUUGGAGGCAGAUAAGAAGUGUCUAAUUAAUCUUUUGUGGCCUGGGUUUGGUUGCAUAUCACCAACGUGUCUCUUGUAACGUGUUAAGCACACACACCUCCCUCGUGGUGCUCUUUUCUUUCCAUUCUUGCUGUUCUGAUGAGAGUGACACACACAGACACACACACACACACACGGAUUAAUGUAUAGCCAAUGGAUUGUGAUGUGCUUGUGAUCUUUGCUUGCUCAAAGGGUCUUUUUUUUCCAAUGAUAAAUAAAUGCUAAAGACGAAUAA